AUGUCUCACUCGACCAAGCAGCUAAAGAAAGCUGCUCGCAUCAUCCUCGUGGGCGCCCCUGGAGUCGGAAAAGGCACACAGUCUGAGCGUCUGCUGUCUCGUUUCCCUCAGUUGGCCUCCAUCAGCUCCGGCGAUCUAUUGCGCGAGAAUGUGCGCCGCAGGACACCGAUUGGUGUUCAGGCAGAAGCUGCCAUGCAGUCUGGUAACCUCGUUCCGGACUCAAUGAUUCUGAGUCUGAUCUCCUCCGAAUUGAGAUCCAAGGGCUGGCUCCCUUCACUCGAGACCUCAUCGCAGCCUUCUGCGUCGCCGUCCUCUUCUUCUCCAUCCACUGCAUCUUCGUCCUCAAUCUCCCCUUCGGCAUCUUUCAUACUCGACGGGUUCCCCCGAACUGCGACCCAGGCGAUAGCGUUAGACUCCCUCGUUCCCGUGAACUUCGUCGUGGAGCUCAUUACCCCGCCCUCUGUGAUUCUUUCUCGAAUAGCAUCUCGCUGGGUACAUGAACCUUCCGGCCGGGUAUAUAAUACGGGUUUCAAUGCGCCAAAGAUUCCCGGCAGGGACGACGUAACGGGUGAGCCGCUGACCCAGCGAGAGGAUGAUUCCAUUGAUACCUGGAAUCAACGUCUGCACAAGUUCGAAGAAACCAGCCGAGCAUUGCUCAAUCACUACGACCGUCGGGGCUGUCUCUGGCGGGUGGAGGGUAACUCGAGCGAUGAGAUCUCCCCCAGCUGUUCGCAGAGGUUGAGAGGCGGUUCUGCUGAAGAAAGGCCGACACUGGCA